UUAGCCAGUUCCACAACUCCACAUUACUCUCAUGAACCAAGCUGCAUCUCACGAGAAGCCACUAGCGAGCAUACACAAGGAGCGAGAGCACGCACACGCGCACCGCGCACCCGAGCAGUCUCGCUGGAUCUGAUGGUGGUUCACUCGCCACUCGCCGUCGUCGCGCUGCCUCGCUUUGCUGGUGCCGGCGGGCGUGGCGGCGUCCGUGCUCCGCGCCGGGGAAGCCGUACAAGGAGAGGGCCCAGUGGUCGCUUACCGUCGCGCCGGCGAGCCGCGGCGCCGCGGAGGGAGAGGCUCGCCGGGGAAGGGAAGGGUGGUGCAGCCGGCCCUGGCCGACGCCGCCGUCGCAGGAGCAGAGACAAGCUUGGGGAGACCGGGAGAAACCUCGCGCUCUUCAGGGUUUGGGCCUAGCGGGCCGGGCCGAGAAAAGAGCCCGCAAGCCCAGCUAGUGCCCAAAGCCCGGUAAGGCGAUGGCGUGUCAGGCUGGCACCUUGAAAUACUCGCCUCUUGGCGCUCGAGCUCGAAGCGGCCACCUCCUCUCUCGGCGACCGAUCGAGCAGGGCCGGCAGCGACCGAUGGAGGAGGUCCAGCUCCUCGACCGGCAGCACGUGUGGCUGCGGAGCGCCGAGCACGGCACCUACCUCCACGCCGACGAGGACGGCCAUGGCGUCUCCCUCAGCCGCCGUCGGGCGUCCAUGAAGUCCGCGUGGGUGGUGCACCGCUACUACGGGGACCACCUGCACGUGCUCUUCUACAGCGCCGCCUACGGCCGCUACCUCUCCGCCACCGAUGCCCCGGCGCCGCGCGGCUGCCGCGGCUUCCGCGUCGAGCAGCGGAACUACGACGAGCUUGAGGAUUUGGCCAUCAGGUGGCAGCCUCUCAGGGCGAGUACCAGGGACGAGAUCGUGCUCCGCCACGUCGUCGCCGCCGGCAGCAACGACUACGGCCUCCUCCGCGCCAACGGGAGGGACCGCCCCUCGAAGAAACACGUCGUCAGCGUCGAGCGCUCCAACAACAUCAGCACCAUGAUGGGGUGGAUGGUGGAGCCCAUCCCCAGCAGGGAGCGCAUCCCUCGCCUUCCACGUCCAACCUUGCUCCACCUCCAACUCCCCGCCCUGCUGCCGUCGCGGGUGGUGACGUUCAUGGCAGACAGCGAACAGUUUUACGGCAACGACGUCUCCUUCACUUUCAGAGGAAGGUCCGUGUACCGCCUGAGGAACGAGCUGGCCAGACAGCUGGGGAUCCCAAUGAACGCCUGCAACAACAUCGUCCUGUACGUCCGAGCGGGCACAUUCGGGCGGUUUACCCCACUCGUCGUCGACGACCUACACCGCAGCAGACAGCCCCUCGUAAUCACGGCCGAUUCGCCUGCAAACGGCGGGCCGCGAUACCCGGAUUUCGAUGCAGAGUAGAGAAAGACCAGAGCAGGUCUUCUGACUAUUGCCUUACAGUUCACCUCUUCAGAAGUGUCGCUGCCUCGGACACUGCGACGUGGGAAUCCUUAAUUUCUUGGAUAGAGAUACAGGUUGAGAAAAAACUCUGCGGCUCUUGUGUUGCUAGCGAAACUGAUCUGUUCUAGUGACAUUGCUUUGACCUCGCGGUUCUAAAGGUUCAGAACCUGUUGGAACAAUAAUGCAGUGACUUUGGUUUGUUAUGGCCACGUUCUUAUUCUGGCUAAUAUUUCAUUCCUGUUAGCUGCAUUUAUCUUGGAUGAAACAUCUGAUGUAGUGGUUCUUGCAGUGAGUUGAGUACUUGAGUUUA